CGACCCAGCCAACCAAUGGUAGACAAAUCCCAGCAGACUGAAGUGACAGAGAAAAAGAAACACACGGCCAUACCUCAGUCAUCUGGCCCCAAAGCUACCCAUAGCAUUGGUAAUAUUCCUGGAAGCCAUGUCAACUACUCUGCCAAAGAAUAUGAGUCCCUUCGAGUAUCUUCUCAACUUCAGCAAACUUGGACAAAGAGAAAACGUGGACAUGAAAUGACUGAUAAAUCUCUUCAGACAGAUAGCACCAGAGAAAAGAAAAAAAAAGAAAUCAAGUCAGUUGGUAAAACAGUGGUGCCUGAAGUAAAGUCAACUAAUGUUGGAGAAACAUCCCCUGAAUUGCCAGAGAGAGUUCACGAAGUAGAAAUUCCACCAAGCAGACACUCAGUUCAACUCAAAAUAGACAGAUCUCAGCAGACCAGUUGUACUGGAGACUGGACCAUGGUAAACAUUACUCACGUAGAAAUGGUGGACAAGGAACAGCAGACGUACUUCAGUGAAUCAGAAAUAGUGGUAAUUUGCAAGCCUGAUAGUUCUCUUACAGAAACAAAGGAAGGUGCCCAGAAACGUAAAUCGUUAGGGAAGAUUUUUGUCAGUGAACAUACUGAAUUUCAGCCAGCAACAAGCAGCAAAGAAGAAAUGAGGCAGAAAAGUAUCAGCAAAGCUUCAUUUAGUCAGUCAACUCAAAAAGGUACUGCAGUACUCAUUUCAGAAAAUGAACCUAGGAUCCUGGCUGAAGUACAGCCUCUUGCUGCAGAAGAAACCUCUGCUGAAAUCCAACUACCACCAACUGAAGAGGCUCAUGUUGAAAUACAGCCUCUAGCUACUGAAGACAUCCCUGUUGAAGUACAGCCUCUACCAGCUGAGGAGGCUCCUGUAAAAGAGGCUUUUGCUGAAUUUCAGCCUCCAUCAGCUGAUGAAGCCGCAGUGGAACAUCCACCAGCUGAAGAGGCCCCAGCUGAACUUCAGUCUCUACCACGUGAGAAAACUCCUGCAGAUGAGGCCCCUGCUAAAGUAGAGUCUACCCCAGCUGAAGAGACGCCUGUUGAAGUACAGCUUCCACCUGCUGAAGAGACUCCUGCUAAAGAAGAGACUACACUUGCUGAAGAGGUGCCUAUAGAAGUACAGUCUCCACAAGCUGAAGAGGCUUCUGAAGAAGAAGGUGCUGCUGAAGUACAGCCUACCCCUGUUGAAGAGACCCUUGUUGAACUUCAGCCUUCAGUAGGUGAGGAGGCCCGUGAUGAAGAACAACUUCCACCAACUGAAGAGGUCACUGUAGAAGAGACAUCUGCUGAAGUUCAUUCUCCACCAGCUGAAGAGGAUUCUUCAGAAGAAACUCCUGCUGAGCUUCAGCCUAUAGCACCUGAAGAGGCCCCUGCUGAAGUUCAAUCUCCACCAGCUGAGGAGGCCCCUGCAGAAGAGGCCCCUGCUGAAGUUCAUUCUCCACCAGCUGAGGAGGCCCCUGCAGAAGAGUCUCCUGCUGAAGUUCAGUCUCCACCAGCUGAAGAGUCUCCUGCUGAAGUUCAAUCUCCACCAGUUGAGGAGGCCCCUGCAGAAGAAUCUCCUGCUGAAGUUCAGUCUCCACCAGCUGAGGAGGCCCCUGCAGAAGAGUCUCCUGCUGAAGUUCAGUCUCCACCAGCUGAAGAGGCCACUGCUGAAGUUCAAUCUCCACCAGUUGAGGAGGCCCCUGCAGAAGAAUCACCUGCUGAAGUUCAAUCUCCACCAGCAGAGGAGGCCCCUGCAGAAGAGUCUCCUGCUGAAGUUCAUUCUCCACCAGCUGAGGAGGCCCCUGCAGAAGAAUCUCCUGCUGAAGUUCAAUAUCCACCAGCUGAGGAGGCCCCUGCGGAAGAGUCUCCUGCUGAAGUUCAUUCUCCACCAGCUGAGGAGGCCCCUGCGGAAGAGUCUCCUGCUGAAGUUCAGUCUCCACCAGCUGAGGAGGCCCUUGUAGAAGAGUCCCCCGCUGUAGUUCAGCCUCCAUCACCUGAAGAGACUCCUGAAGAAGAGGCCUCUGCAAAAAUAGAGCUUACUCCAACUGAAGAAGCCCCAGUUGAAGUACAGUCUUUUCUAGCUGAAGAAGCUCCUGUAGAAGAGGCUCCUGCUGAACAUCAGCCUCCAACAGCUGAUCAGACCCCUGAAGAAGAGGUUACUGUUGACGUUCAGCCUCCACCAGCUGAGGAGGCUCCUGCAGAAGAGGCCCCUGCAGAAGAGGUUCCUGCUGAACUUCAGUCUCCACCAGCUGAGGAGACCCCUUUAGAAGAAGCCCAUGAUGAAGUUCAGCCUCUACCAACUGAAGAGCCCCCUGCAGAAGAAAUUCCUGCUGAACUUCAGCCUCUACCAACUGAAGAAGUUACUUCAGGAAAGAUUAUUGAUGACAAACAGCCUCUACUAGCUGAGGACCCUAUUGAAUUCCUCUUAGAAGGGACCACUGCUGAACUUCAUCCUCUACCACCUGUAAAAACCCCUGCCAAAGAGACUUUUGUAGAGAAAGUGCCUACCGAAAUAUCACUUCCCCAGGCAGCAGAUGUUCCAGUGGUAAAGUUAGAGUCACUUGUUCUGGAAGGGAUUUCUAAAGAAGAAGAGGCUUCUGCUGUAGACUCUGAAUCUUCAAGACUGAACCCUGUUCCUAAAGAUAUGCCUGAUAGGAAACAGAAAAAUUCUGCUAUUGAAAUAGAGGGUAUCAUCCAUAUAGAAAUAAAAUAA